CUCUGCGUGUAGUUUUACUUCCAGGAACAGAGCAGCUGUCGGACUCAGAGGGGAGACAGCAGCAGUGUCGUUAUGGACUGACACCUGAAAACUGCUGUUUGAGUUUUAUACGAGUCAGCUUCACCUACAUCCGAUUCUCUCUCAGGCUGAUUCUUGGUGAAAUUUACACAAUCAAAAGGGGACCGCGAGGCCCAGGUCCUGCCCUCGUCCUCUUCCUUGUGCAAUGCCGAAGAGUGACACGUGGCCAGGCGGCGUUGCCAUGGAAUCCUUGAGCAAUUUGGACAGUGCCGGGAGCUGUGACAGUGUAAUCAGCAUGAACUCUGGCUAUAGUGAAGACAGUAUGGAGCACUUAUCAGCAGAAGAGAGGGCAUGUCUCAUGUAUCUGGAGGAAACAAUUGAAGCGCUGGAGGUGCAGGAGGACAGCGGCUUAUCCAACGAUGAACCAGAUCUUGGGUUACAGGCCGACAAAAUGAGUCGGAUGAAAGUAAAUGACAUUUCCAGUUUCAAGUCUGAUGAGUCCUCAACCAUCGCAGACAAAGCUGAGCAUCACGCUCUGAAUCAGACCUCAGAACCACAGUCCUUUCCCAGCCCGGCGGUCAACACGACAGAUUUUGACACAUCAAUGGACUUCAUGACUCAAGACAAACCUCCUGUUACUGAAUCAGUUCUCAAUAGCAAAACCCACCCCUCACCUCAUGAGCUGUGUGUGACCAAAGAUGAAGAUGGUAAUCUUAUAAUUGUCCCAAGCGCCAGCCUCUCUGCUGCUGAGUCCACCGGGGCCUCUGAGAUCGAUGUGGGUUUUAUCCCUCCUCCCUCAGACUUCAUGGAUGAGCCAGCUCUCCCUCCACAGCUGCCGAAAGUGAAAGACCUUUUUCCAUCAGCAGGAAUAUCCGUUAACAAGCCAGGAGGAGCUAUUGACUUGGAGGUGCUGCGGCAGAGAGCCUCUAUGAAGAGCCCCUCUGUGGCCCAGGAGCCUAAAAGCAAGCCACCAGAACUGAAUCUACCACCUGUCAGCUCUCCUCCCUUAAUGACUCCUCCUCCUCCUCCUGAAACGCCUGAGCCCAGAAGUCCACCUGUUGUCGCCCCUAAGCCCAAGAAGCUUCCUGCCAACAUUAUUCUGAAGUCACACAAAGCAGCAGCCGCUGGCUCUGAUGGCAACUUGGGAUAUUCAGUGCCCACUAAUGGUGACCGGCUCUUGCUGGACCCCCAGAGGGUCCGCCUUGAGGCCCUCAGAAAGCUCGGCUUGCUGCCCGCUGAUGCAGAUCAAGGCCCUUCCGUCAGCCCUAAACUCUCUCCCAAAACAAGAAGGUCAUGGGCAGCUCCUUCUUCUCCAGUCAGUUCAACCACUUCAUAUACACCACCCUCCACACCCUCCACACCAUCUUACAGCCGUGUGAGCAGCCCACAUCCUGCCUCUGUCCCCCUGCAGGCUCCUGCAGCUGAGUCACCAUCAGAUACUUCUACAGCUCUCGCAGACCUGCCUGCUGACGUUCUCCCAGCACCUGCUGCUUUCAGUGACCACGUCAAGCCACCAUUGUCCAAUAAUGAACUGUCUGCUGCUUCAGAGGCCACAGUUAAUACACACGAUAACACCCCUCCUCUCACCCCUCCUGCCCUGACCAAUCAUCUAACCCCACCCAGGGUCAAAGGUGUCAAAUCAAACACCCUGGAGCGCUCUGGUCUGGGUUUAAGCAGCUACAUGGCAAGUCAAGGCUUGAAUGAGGCCAGUCAGGGUGUCGGUGGCGAGCAGAGCCCAGGUAGGCUACGUAACACUCGGGCACGCCCCGCCUCUCUGGGGAGUGGGAAAGAGUUUUCAAGUUCUCAGGGAGAGAGUCCACAGGUGAGCCGUGCCGUCAGCAAAGAGCCGGACUUACGGAGGUCCCUGCCUGUCUACACCGGCCCUCAUCAUUCUGGAGACUCUCAGAAGCUGCCUCGAUCACAAGGCAUCAGUGUGCUGAUCUGCCCUCGUUCAGAAAAUGAAGAAGACCGGCGCGAGGCGCUGAAGAAGCUGGGGCUGCUCAGGGACUGAGGAGUCAAAUGUUACACCUCAUCUGCCUGCCACAGCCCCCUGCAGAUAUUACAUGUAAAGGAACAUAACAGAUUGAUAAACGGUUGAUGAAGACAUUACAGAACUUUCGGGAAGCAGCUUAACCACAUAUAUUUAUGCAUUUUCAUUUUUACUGUGUUACCCUGACACUGCCUCAUGUGACUUGAACACACUGAGUCAUACACACACUUGCAUCUCCUUGUUACUCACAUUGUACAGCCAUAUGUACUGUGUUUUAUUUCUCAUGAAACUGGAACUUUUUGGAUUUUCACUCACUCUCUCUGUUGCUGUGGUUUUUGUAAAUUAAAAAUAUUGUUACUUUUAAGAGGCAA